CACACUUAAUGCUGCAAUCCUCUUUGUGAAAGUGACGCGCUUCUGUCAGAAACAGAGCUUAGCUGAAGUGAAACAGAGAGAGAGAGAGGGAGAGAAACAGGCUCAUUCAAUUUCUACUGGUCUUCCAUCCGGUUAACUACUGUUUGGAGCUACUGUGAUCUGUUGACUUUUUAUUUUUUUAUUUUUUUUAUCUUCAUCUUGUCUCCAAAAAGUCAUCUUGGACAUUUUUAAUUUUGGGAAAUCAGUCCAACUUGAUCUGAAUUGCUACAGGCAAACUACUUUGUACUUGACAACUCCUGUGGUUUGAAGGAUGCUAAUAGCCGAUGCAAAUUGGAUACAAAUCUAACUCAGGACACCCAGCUCUCAUUUAUUUAUUUUACAUUUUGCUUUCUUUUUAAAGCUGUGUGGAAAAGUUUGGUCAAAAGUUAAUUCACUGAGCCUCUAAGGUGGUCUCGCAGAAAGAGGAGAGACGAAAAUCAGGAUUUCUUUGUGAUUGAUUGGGCUCAAACGGAGCCACGGUGGAGGGCGACCCGCUGGAUUUUGUUGACAUGGACGGGCUUGGGUAUGAACGCUAUGUGGAUGGGGACAGGGAGGGCUACCAGAUUGACUACCGGCGUAUUGUUGGGGAUAUGGAGCCGGCCAGACCACGGAUGCCUUUACGAGACUCGGAUCAUCACUUUAAUGGCCCGUUUACUCACAAUACACUACAUGGGCAUGGGCACGGGCAUGAGACAGCCGCCCAGCGCUACAGUGCCACCCGUAUACAAGCAGGAUAUGAGCCUGAGAGUGAUUUCCUGAUACUGCCUGGCUUUAUCGACUUCAUAUCGGAUGAAGUGGAUUUGACUUCUGCCCUCACCCGGAAAAUAACCCUGAAGACGCCACUUAUUUCUUCUCCAAUGGACACAGUCACAGAGUCGUCAAUGGCCAUUGCUAUGGCUCUCAUGGGAGGAAUUGGAAUUAUUCAUCACAACUGCACGCCUGAGUUUCAGGCCAAUGAGGUCCGGAAAGUUAAGAAAUUCGAGCAGGGCUUCAUUACAGACCCUGUAGUGAUGAGUCCACGACACACAGUAGGAGAUGUGUUUGAAGCGAAGGUACGGCACGGUUUCUCUGGUAUCCCAGUUACCGAAACUGGAAAGAUGGGCAGCAAGCUGGUGGGCAUUGUUACAUCACGAGACAUCGACUUCCUCUCGGAAAAAGAUUAUGAUAGGCCACUGGAGGAGUCAAUGACAAAACGAGAAGAUCUAGUGGUUGCUCCAGCAGGUGUAACAUUAAAAGAGGCAAACGACAUCUUACAGCGCAGUAAAAAAGGUAAACUGCCUAUAGUGAAUGACAGUGAUGAGCUUGUUGCAAUAAUCGCUCGUACCGAUUUGAAGAAGAACCGAGAUUAUCCUCUGGCCUCCAAAGACUCCCGCAAACAGCUGCUGUGCGGCGCUGCCAUCGGCACCCGAGAGGAUGACAAGUACCGGCUAGACCUGCUCAUGCAGGCCGGAGUGGACGUGAUCGUUCUGGACUCUUCUCAGGGCAACUCAGUGUUUCAGAUCAGUAUGAUCAACUACAUCAAACAGAAGUACCCAGAACUGCAGGUGGUUGGAGGAAACGUGGUGACUGCAGCUCAAGCGAAGAAUCUUAUAGAUGCUGGUGUUGAUGCUUUAAGAGUGGGCAUGGGCUGUGGAUCCAUCUGCAUCACACAGGAAGUGAUGGCAUGUGGGAGACCGCAGGGCACAUCUGUAUAUAAAGUGGCUGAAUACGCCCGGCGUUUCGGUGUCCCAGUCAUUGCUGACGGUGGCAUCCAGACAGUGGGUCAUGUUGUUAAAGCCCUGGCACUGGGAGCGUCCACAGUAAUGAUGGGCUCAUUGUUAGCGGCCACCACAGAAGCGCCCGGUGAGUAUUUCUUCUCAGAUGGCGUUCGGCUUAAGAAAUACCGUGGUAUGGGCUCUUUAGAUGCCAUGGAGAAAAACAACAGCAGUCAGAAACGCUACUUCAGUGAAGGUGAUAAGGUGAAGGUGGCUCAGGGAGUCUCUGGUUCAGUUCAGGAUAAAGGAUCGAUACACAAGUUUGUUCCAUACCUCAUUGCAGGAAUUCAACACGGCUGUCAGGAUAUCGGUGCAAAGAGUCUGUCCAUUCUGCGAUCGAUGAUGUACUCCGGGGAGCUGAAGUUCGAGAAGAGGACCAUGUCUGCUCAGGUUGAGGGUGGAGUUCAUGGACUGCAUUCUUACGAGAAACGGUUAUAUUGAGCCUGGCAGCAGGGGGCACCCAAGAGUUGGACCUAAUGUCCCGUCACCGGCCGUCACUAAAAACAGCAGCUAAAAAGGGCAUUUCUACACAAUCUUCAAUCCUUUAUCCUUCUUCCUGAUGGCUUUCAAAUCUGGGUAAACAUUAAAAACAAGCCAUCAUUAGGACUAAAGAACCUAUGGAGCUUUUGUUUCAUAGCUGUAUUUUUGUUUUCUUCGGGCUUCCCUAUGAGAAAUUUAGACUAUGAAUGUACUCUGAAAUAUGAAGAUCCUAUACAUGUGUGUAUGUGAAACAGAGAGUGUAUCUUAUAAAUGUGUGGUAUACAGGGUAUGUUUAGUCUAUCUUGUUCCAAAGAUCCUAAUUAAAAACGUCUGUUGGUUUAAUAGCAAUAUUUGUUGAGGUGAAUCAUGUUCACCCCACAUGUGUGAGUGUUAUGAGUUCAGUUCUAAUGAAAUCUAUUAUGAAAUGAAUUAGUUUUCUUGAUUACAUUCGCAGGCUGCUUGCUGUUUAAUCAGAUCGCACUAGAACGAUGACAGGAUUAUGAGUAUCAGCCUUAAAAUCAGGGAGUUUGUACUGUUACUCGCCUUAUGCUAGUCAAUAAUGUAUUUAUUAGACAGUAGAGGCGCUCAUUUCUUAACGUUUAUUUAUUCGUUUCACACACUUGCAUCAUCUUAGAAGGAUUUACAUAUAUCAAACAUUUUACAGUAUAAAAAAUGAAGAUUUACAAGGUCAGAAGUAAAGGAGAGUUGUAAGCAUUUGCCGUGAAAGUGAUACUGAGCUCUAUUUUGUAGUUUGCACAGAUUGUUGUAUUGUCAUUCUGAAUAUAAUGCAGUUUAUAGAAUAAAGAAUGAGUUUUAUA